AUGGAAUUUCCUUUUGAUGAACACAAAGCAGAGCUGACGGAGAUGUUGAAUAUUGGCGGUGCUACUAAAAACAAGCUUCAUGUUUCAGGUGUUUUUCACAAGUGUUUUGUUGAAGUUGAUGAACAAGGAACUGAAGCUGCUGCUUCUACUGCUAUUUGGGGGGAUUGUGAGGAGGAUUGCAUUAUAGACGAUUCGCCUCCUCCUCCUCGGAUCGAUUUUGUGGCCGAUCAUCCAUUCAUGUUCAUUAUAAGAGAAGAGAAGAGUGGUUUAGAAGUCUUCGCAAAGUGUUGUGCAUCCUUAGAGAAAGUCGACCUCAGAAACUGUGGGAAGAUUACUGACAAAGGUUUAGAAGUUCUGGCUAAAAGUUGUGUAUACUUAGUGGAAAUCGACCUCGGAGAAUGUCAACGGGUUACUGAUAAAGGCUUAGAAGGCCUGUCAAAAUAUUGUGCAUCCCUAGAAAAAGCCGACAUCAGAUGCUGUAAGAAGAUUACUGAUAAAGGUUUAGAAGUGCUCGCCAAAAGUUGUGCAUCCUUAGAGAAUGUUGAUUUAACAGACUGUCAAGGGAUAACUGAUUCAGGAAUAAGUUUUCUCAUACAAAACUGUUCCAGUAUUCAUUCACUUGGAGUUUCAGAUUGCGGCUAUGUAACUGGUACUGGUUUUGUUGGGUGUCCAAAGACCUUGACUAAAGUUGAUGCAACAAACAUGUUUAAACUUACAACAGAGGGAAUUAAAGCAAUAGUAAGUGGAGGUGGGAUUCAAUCUCUAAGUCUAUCAGGAAACGCAAUUAAUAAUGAAGCAGUUAUAACUAUUUCAAAAAGUUGCCCUCUAUUAAAAUCAUUGCAGCUGAAAUCUUGUCAUGAGGUACAACUUGAAGGAUGGAAAGCUAUUGGUCUGUAUUGCCGAAACUUGGUAGACCUUCACGUGGUUGAGUGCCGGAAUUUAUGUGACCAAGGGUUGAAAGCUUUGUGUUAUGGAUGUAACAAGCUUUGUUAUUUAUUUGUGGACAGAUGGAGUUAUUUUACUGUUAAGCUUUUCAAGCGAGAAAGACCCGAUGUGUAUCUCCUAGGGCUUGAUUAA